AUGGUCGAAGACGCUAAACUUACGAUCGAAACAACCAUAAUUGAAACAACGACAACAACAGCAGCGACAGCAACAAUACUCUCUCUUUUCCUCCCCCUUCUUCUUCUUCUUCUUCUUCUCCUUCGUCUUAUUCUUCUUAUUCUUCUUCUACUUCCUCCUCCUCCUCCUCCUCCUCCUCCUCUUCAUUUUCUUCCUCUCCUUAUUUUCUGUCAUCAUCAUCAUCAUCAUCAUCAUCAUCAUCAUCAUCAUCAUCAUCAUCAUCAUCAUCAUCAUCAUCAUGUCCUCCUCCUCCUCCUCCUCCCCGCCGUUCCGCUCGCCUCCAGACUGACAGGGUGAGUUCGCUCACUCUGGCAGCCUGGAAUGUUCGUUCCCUUUUAGACAAUCAGAGGAGCAACCGACCGAACGGAGGACCGCGCCCGUGACUCCGGAACUGGCGCUCUACAAGGUUGACAUCGCAGCAAUCAGCAGGACCCGGUUCUCUGAACAAGGUCAACUGGGUGAAGUGGGUGCCAGCUAA